UUCACAAAUCAAAGCGGAGUGGCGGGAGCUGUUGUCAACCAGGGGCUGUUUAGGAGAAGUUACAGCCUUCGUAAGGUAUUGAUAACUUACCUGGAAACAGACCGCCGUUGAUAGUUAUCUUUACAGGUGUCUGUUUGGUGAUCGGUCCGCCGUUUAGAAAUGGAUUAUAAAAGACGCAACGGUGGCCCUUUCCUGGGUGGAGCCUCUCAGGCCAAGAGGGGUAAGCCAGGCGCUGAAUGGGAAGACAGUCCAUCGCAGUUUGAGGAGGAGUUGUUGAUGUUUGAUGAAGCAGACAUGGAGGCAGAGGACAUGGAGGGGCAGGCAGGUCAUGAUGUUAUCCCUGUAGGUGACCUCUUCUCAGCAGACCUCAAUCCCCGAUGGCGGCGACCUCAGGCCCCUACUCUGCACCCUUUGUCCGACACGCUGGUUUUUCAGCAGAUUGAUCUGGACUAUUAUUUAGGAGCGACGGUUGCUGGCAUGCCCGGACAAUCUCAGGGAAAAGUCCCGAUCAUUCGAAUGUUUGGGGUGACCGACACUGGCAACAGUGUGUGCUGUCAUGUCCACGGUUUCGCCCCUUACUUCUAUGUUCCUGCUCCAAGUGGCUUCAAACCCAGUGACCUGGGUGAAUUUAAAAAAGAGCUGAAUAAUGUUGUCCUGAAGGAUAUGAGGUCCAAUAAGGACAACAUCUCCAUCACUGUGUUGGCUGUGGACAUCACCCGCAAAGAGAACAUGUACGGAUACCACGGGAAACGUAUUCUGGAUUUUUUGCGGAUAACCAUGGCAAUGCCUCGUCUCAUUGCUCCAGCAAAACGGCUGCUGGAGCAGGGCUUCAAGUUCUCACAUUUCCCCAUACAGAGUUACCAAUCCUACGAGGCCAACAUUGACUUUGAGAUAAGGUUCAUGGUGGACAGUGAUGUGGUGGGGUGCUGCUGGAUUGAACUUCCCAAAGGAAAGUACCAAGUGCGUGAAGAGAAGAGCAUGGGGGACACGGACUCUCAGUACCCAGGAAAGGUGUCCUUGUGUCAGUACGAGGUGGAUGUGGGAUGGACAGAUCUGAUCAGCCACCCUGCAGAAGGAGACUGGCAGAGGAUCGCUCCACUCAGAGUUCUCAGCUUUGACAUCGAGUGUGCAGGAAGGAAAGGGAUCUUCCCAGAAGCAGAUAAAGACCCUGUCAUUCAGAUUGCAUCUAUGGUGCAGCGUCAGGGUGAGACGGAGCCCUUCAUCCGCACCGUGUUCACCCUGCAGUCCUGUGCCAGCAUCGUGGGCUCUCAGAUUCUGUGUUUUACUCAGGAAAAACAGAUGCUGCAGAGCUGGGCAGAGUUUUUGAGAACGGUGGACCCCGAUAUCAUCACAGGUUACAACAUCCAGAACUUUGACUUUCCCUAUUUGCUCAACAGGGCGGCUGCUUUAAAGGUGAAUUUAUUCCCCUACCUCGGACGUGUGCGAGGCAUCAAGUCAGUCCUGAAGGAUGCAAACUUUCAGAGCAAGCAGAUGGGCCGCAGAGAGAAUAAGACCAUCAACAUGGAGGGACGAGUUCAGUUUGAUCUGCUGCAGGUUCUUCUCAGGGACUAUAAACUACGCUCAUACACACUGAAUGCUGUCAGUUUCCACUUCCUGCAAGAACAGAAGGAGGACGUGCAGCACUCCAUAAUUACAGAUCUACAGAACGGUAACGAACAGACCCGCCGCCGUUUGGCUGUCUACUGCCUGAAAGACGCCUACCUCCCCCUGCGAUUGCUGCAGAAGCUGAUGUGUGUGAUUAACUACAUGGAGAUGGCCAGAGUGACAGGUGUGCCGCUCACCUACCUGCUGUCAAGAGGACAGCAGAUCAAGGUCGUCUCUCAGCUGCUGCGACAGGCCAUGAAGCAGGACCUGGUCAUGCCUGUGGUAAAGACAGAAGGAGGAGAAGAUUACACCGGAGCGACCGUCAUUGAGCCAGAAAAAGGGUACUACAGCCUUCCCAUCGCGACCCUGGAUUUCUCCUCCUUGUAUCCGUCCAUCAUGAUGGCUCACAAUCUGUGCUACACCACUCUGCUGCAGAAAGGCUCAGCGGACAAACUGGGCCUCUCAUCGGAGGAAUUCAUCAAGACUCCGACAGGCGAUAUGUUUGUGAAGAGCUCUGUGAGGAAAGGACUCCUCCCUGAGAUCCUGGAGAACCUGCUGUCUGCCAGAAAGAGGGCCAAAGCGGAGCUGAAGAAGGAAACGGAUCCGUUCAAAAGGCAAGUGCUUGACGGUCGACAGCUGGCGCUAAAGAUCAGCGCUAACUCUGUCUACGGCUUCACCGGUGCCCAGGUGGGCAAGCUGCCCUGCUUAGAGAUCUCCCAGAGCGUCACUGGAUUUGGAAGGCAGAUGAUCGAGCAAACUAAACAGCUGGUGGAGUCCAAAUAUACAAUGUCCAACGGUUAUCAGAGUGAUGCCAAGGUCAUCUAUGGAGACACAGACUCCGUCAUGGUGAAGCUCGGAGUCGGCACCGUGAGGGAGGCCAUGGACAUCGGGAAGGAGGCAGCAGAGUGGGUGUCUUCUCACUUCACACCACCUAUCAAACUGGAGUUUGAGAAGGUGUACUACCCUUACCUGCUCAUCAACAAGAAGCGCUAUGCUGGCCUCUACUUCUCCUCCAGUGCAGACACUCAUGACAAGAUGGACUGUAAAGGCAUAGAGACUGUCCGCAGAGACAACUGCCCCCUGGUGGCCAACCUGAUUAACACCUGUCUGCAGAAAAUCCUCAUAGACCGGGAUCCUCAGGGUGCUGUGGAUCAUGCCAAAGAAGUGAUCUCAGACUUGCUGUGUAACCGCAUUGACAUCAGUCAGCUGGUCAUCACCAAGGAGCUGACACGCACGGCGCAAGAGUACGCUGGCAAACAGGCGCACGUGGAGCUGGCCGAGAGAAUGAGGAAGAGAGAUGCUGGCAGCGCCCCCAAUCUGGGAGACCGAGUUCCCUACGUCAUCAUCAAGGCUGCAAAAGGAGUGGCAGCGUACAUGAAGUCAGAGGACCCAAUCUACGUGCUGGAGAACAAUAUUCCCAUCGACACUCAGUACUACCUGGAGCAGCAGCUGUCAAAGCCUCUGCUGAGGAUAUUUGAGCCCAUCCUCGGAGAGACCAAAGCAGAGAGCAUCCUGCUCAAGGGCGACCACACGCGCUGUAAGACUGUGCUGACCUCAAAGAUCGGCGGUCUCAUGGCGUUUGCUCAGAAGAGGAGCACCUGUAUCGGCUGUAAAGCUGUACUAAAGACAGACGUGGCUGUGUGCGAUUUCUGUAAGAAGAAGGAGUCGGAGCUUUACCAGAAGGAGAUCUUUCACCUGAAUGCGCUGGAGGAGCGUUUCUCCCGCCUGUGGACUCAGUGUCAGCGAUGUCAGGGUUCCCUCCAUGAGGAUGUGCUCUGUACGAGCCGUGACUGUCCGAUCUUCUACAUGAGGAAGAAGGUUCAGAAGGAUCUGGAUGACCAGAGUAAGCUAGUGUCUCGUUUUGGAUGGUGAGAAGAAAACAAGCCUAUGAGCCUCACUCCCCAUCACCUCACUGUAUUCUUUCUUCACCUUUUGGUGCCUGUAUAAAGACCUAAAUAUCACUAUUUCUAUGUUUUCUAAUAUGAAUAAAUGACUUUGGUAGGUUUUGUAAAAUAAACAGAAAAAGCAACAUGUUUCUUUUGUGCCGUCAUGUCUGAUCAUCA